UGAGAUCAUUAUUUCAUGCGGGUUUAUAGGCUUUUUCAUUUGCCUCGCCUGUACUGUAGAAACGCUCUGGUGGUUGCCGACAUUAACGAGCUUAUCUUGAACGCCUCUCGGUCGGUCAACUGGUGUUUGUGUAACACAGAGCUGAGAGAGCAACGUGUUUACACCGGGUUACCUCUUCCGUUGAGAGCAUCAUCGAGUACAAGCAGGAGGACUGACACCACAGAAAACAUCAGUGCAAUGCUGCUUCUCAGACGCUGCCACAGCCUGACUCGAUUUGGCCCUCUCAACACUCAAAGGCAUCAAGUGGCACCUGCUGUGGCGUCGUGUGCAGCUCGUCUCUGGAGCAGCAGCAGCAGUGAGGACCAGAGAUCGUACCAGCGUGCCCACAGGCCCAGCUGGAGACAUGCCCUGGCAGGACUGCUGGCUGGUACUGGGGCUGUACUGGCUUAUGGCCUCCACCACCACAAGGCUGAGCAGGAAGACGUCAUUAGAGGGCAGACCAUAGAGAAGACCUCAGUGUUUCCCAUCUUCAGCCAGGAAGAGGUCACCAGUCACCGCUCUCUGGAAGACGGCGUGUGGGUCACUUACAAAGGUGGCGUCUAUGACAUCACUGAGUUUGUGGCCAUGCACCCUGGCGGGGAUAAAAUCUUGCUGGCGGCAGGUGGAGCCCUGGAACCCUUCUGGGCGCUGUAUGCUGUACACAACCAGGAACAUGUGCUGGAAAUGCUCUCAGAGUAUAAGGUUGGUGAACUGAGUGCAGAAGACCUGAAGAAGCAGAGGGCUAUUCAGACAUCGGACCCGUACUCUUCUGACCCCGAGCGUCACCCCGCCCUGCGCAUCAACAACCUCAAGCCCUUCAAUGCUGAGCCGCCUACGGAGAUCCUCUCUGACAGCUUCAUCACCCCCUCUGCUAUCUUCUUCAAAAGAAACCACCUGCCGGUUCCUCGGGUGGACCCGGCUUCAUAUCAGCUGCAGGUGGAGGGACUACCUGGAGUACUGAAGCUGUCUUUAGAGGAGCUGAAGACUCGAUUCCCCAAACACACCGUCACCGCCACGCUGCAGUGUGCCGGUAACCGCCGCUCUGAGAUGAAUAAGGUCAAGCAGGUGAAAGGACUGAACUGGGGCAUCGCUGCGAUCAGUAACGCUACAUGGGGUGGUGCGAGGCUCAGAGAUGUGCUGCUGGCCGCUGGUUACGGGUCUGAUGUGGCCAAGCGGGCUUUCCAUGUUCAGUUUGAAGGACUGGACAAAGACGUGAGCGGGACUACCUACGGUGCUUCCAUCCCUCUCAACAAGGCAGUUAGCGAGGAAGGCGAUGUGUUGCUGGCUUAUGAAAUGAAUGGCGAGGAUCUCCCUGCCGACCACGGCUACCCCGUCCGCGUCGUGGUACCAGGCACAGUGGGUGCACGCAAUGUCAAAUGGCUGGGGAAGAUCAUAGUGAGUGCAGAAGAAAGCAGCAGCCACUGGCAGCAGAACGACUACAAGGGCUUCUCCCCCGGGACGGACUGGGACACGGUGGACUUCAAGUCUGCUCCGGCCAUCCAGGAGCUGCCCAUCCAGUCCGCCAUCACCACACCGGCAGACGGUGCUGUGGUCGAUCGCAGUCUGGAAGAGGUGACGGUGAAGGGUUACGCCUGGAGCGGCGGGGGCAGAGAGGUGGUGCGUGUCGAUGUUUCUCUGGACGGAGGAAAGACGUGGCAGGUGGCCCAGAUGAGGAGCAGCGAGAAGGGACAAGCGCCCGAACCCUCGCCACCACCGGGACGAGCCUGGGCCUGGAAGCUGUGGGAGGUGACGGCUCCUCUUCCCGCCGAGGCUCAGGAGCUGGAGAUAGUUUGCAAAGCGGUUGAUAACAGUUACAACAUGCAGCCGGACACAGUUCCUCCCAUCUGGAAUCUGAGGGGCGUGCUGAGUAACGCCUGGCACAGAGUGAAGGUGAAGGUCAGAGAGGAUGAGAGUGAGGAAUAGACUCAGUGGGUCGAUCCACACUCAGAAUCCAAAAGGUUGACGCCUGAAAGAGUCAUCAGAGAGCGGUUUAAAUCUGUCACUUAGACCCGGCAGGAAAAAAAAAACAGUUUAAUAGAAAAUACAUUAGGAUUUUCUGACACACAGCUUUGAAGUAUUUAUGCAGUCAUGUUGCCUUUUGAGAUUUGAGAGACCUAGAACAAAGCUAACGGCUGUAAAUGACCAAAACAUGUCCAGUUUUAUCUAGUGCUGAUUUACUUACACUUUGGUCUUAAGUGAACACGUGAGUCCGUUCAGUCUCAAGUCUCUGAUUUGUAGAAAAGAAAACAUUUAUUUUUGUAAUCUAUUGACGUUCUCAAUGCAGCAGAUGUGCACAGUAUAUCAAAAAGGUUGAAUUAAUUGUGUGAUUAACAUGCAUCAUAAUUUAAAAAAAACUAAUAGGUUUUAUUAUAUAGUCAUUACUUUAAAUAAAGGUUACUGGAGUUGACUAGAAUUGGAGUUUACUGAGACUGGAAUCAACUCAGAAGUUUUGAAACUUUGGGAACAUCUGUUUAUCUGCAGCUGUUGCUUCGCUGAUUAACAACAUUUUGUACGUGAGAAAAUACUAAAAUAACUUUUUAGGUAAAAAGUUUGAGUAGCUUAAAGGAAAAUGAUCAGAAGCCGCUGUCUGUGGCGUAGAUCAUCAAUUAUUUUUAGUCUGCAGAUCAGCGUUGAACUGUGACCCUUCAGUCUGUGGAGCUGCCCUCCAAUGUUUCAAAGUCUGUAUGAAGUACAACACCUCACUGUGGAGACCUGGCUGAGGUUCAGCUGUGGUUAAAUACCACGACACUACACCACACUGCAGAAGUCAGAGCACUUCUUGACCACAGUUAUUAUGACUACACUGUGUUUUGUGUGAAAUGUGCAUUAUCGUUGAAGAUGAUAAAUAAAGAGCUCUAAUUUUACACUGACA